GUGUCUGGAAAUGACAACAAAAAGGAAGCUGAUUGGCCGGCUGGUGCCAUGCCGUUGUUUUCGCGGGGAAGAGGAAGUCAUCUCGGUGUUGGACUACUCCCACUGCAGCCUGCAGCAGGUCCCCAAGGAAAUCUUUAGCUUUGAGAGAACUCUGGAGGAACUCUACCUGGAUGCCAACCAGAUUGAGGAACUCCCCAAGCAACUGUUCAGCUGCCAGGCCUUAAAGAAGCUGAGCAUGCCUGAUAACGACCUCUCCAACCUUCCAACGACAAUUGCCAGCCUGGUUAACCUGAAAGAGCUUGACAUUAGUAAAAAUGGUAUCCAGGAGUUUCCAGAUCAUAUCAAAUGUUGUAAAGGCCUGUCAGUGGUUGAGGCCAGUGUCAACCCCAUCACCAAGCUCCCAGAUGGUUUUACGCAGCUCCUGAAUCUGACUCAGCUCUUCUUAAACGAUGCCUUCCUGGAGUACUUGCCAGCUAACUUUGGCAGACUCUCCAAACUUCGGAUCCUGGAGCUAAGAGAGAACCACCUGAAAACCCUGCCAAAGUCUAUUCAUCGACUGACACAGUUGGAGAGGUUGGAUCUGGGUAGCAAUGAAUUCUCUGAAGUGCCCGAGGUGUUGGAGCAGAUUCACAAUCUAAAGGAGCUGUGGAUGGACAACAACUCUCUACAGUCCAUACCAGGGUCACUAGGAAAACUUCGCCAGCUGCGCUACUUAGACUUAGCUAAGAAUCGUAUUGAGAAUUUGGACACGGAUGUUUCAGGUUGUGAGGCCUUAGAGGAUCUUUUGCUCUCCUCCAACAUGCUUCAGCACCUCCCUGACUCUUUAGGAAUGUUAAAGAAGCUGACAACACUGAAAGUGGAUGACAACCAGCUGACCUCACUGCCCGGAACCAUUGGGAGUCUUUGUCUGUUGGAGGAACUGGACACCAGCUGUAACGAGUUGGAGUCACUGCCUCCAACCAUUGGCUACUUGCACAAUCUUAGGACCUUUGCUGCCGAUGAGAACUUCCUCAUCGAACUUCCUCGAGAGAUCGGUAACUGUAAGAACGUGACGGUGAUGUCACUCCGAUCCAACAAGCUGGAGUUCCUCCCCGAUGAGAUCGGACAGAUGACCAAACUACGAGUCCUAAACCUUAGUGAUAAUAGGUUAAAGAAUCUACCGUUCACCUUUACCAAGCUGAAGGACCUGGCAGCUCUCUGGCUUUCUGACAAUCAGUCCAAGGCUCUGAUCCCCCUACAGACCGAAGCCCACCCCGACACCAAACAGAAGGUUUUGACCAACUACAUGUUUCCUCAACAACCUCGUCACGAUGAGGAUUAUCAGUCGGACAGCGACAGCUUUAAUCCGACUCUGUGGGAGGAGCAGAGACAACAGAGGAUGACUGUGGCCUUUGACUUUGAGGACAAGAAAGAAGAGGAAGACAACUCCGGGAAGGUCAAGGUGGAGAUCAACCUAAAACGUUAUCCGACACCCUAUCCCGAGGACUUGAAGAACAUGGUCAAGUCAGUGCAAAGCCUCGUGGGCAAAAAUGUUCACACGGGCCAUGGGCACCAGCACCAGCACCAGCACCAUCUUAGCACAGGCACUGCCACCUCAGCAGGAACCAACAUGGAACUUACACACCAUAGUAAAGAAGCGUAUGAAGCACCGUGGCCCCUGCCUCCCAAAGAGGUAACAGACCGAGAGAUGCAGGACUUCUCUCAGACUCAGCUCAUGGAUCAGGGAGCGAUGCAUAACUCUGGCAUUGACAUCCCAAAGAGGAAGGACAAAGAGGAGCUGACGGAGAGCUCAGAGGACUCCAUGGGCGGCUCGCCCAACGACAUCCGCAUCUCCGACAUGAGGCCCACCCUCGUGGAGCCGCCCAUGUACAAACCCAAGGUGGUGCUGCUCGGCAAGGAUAAGAAAGAGUCUACAGACGAAGAGGUGGAUAAGCUCCACUGUCUGAACCACAGCGGCUCCUCGGCCACCUACUCCGAUUACUCUCCCUCGGUUGGCUCCUCUGGCUCGUCCAACCCACCCGCUAACACUCACUCCCACUCCCACCCUCACUCUCACGCGCACCAACACAACCCUGUCAUGCCGCCGGCGCCCAACAAAGACCCGAAUCAUCAAACACACUGGACCAACAGGUUGUCCCAAUCCUUCCCUAAACCCAUUGAGACCAAGCCCCUGCUGUCGCAAAGAGAAACUCCGCCGUCAGGGACCAUGCAGCAACGUGGAGACAGGCGGCCCUUAAGCGAACCUUUCGACUGGGCCGAAGCCCCGCACUACGACAACACCGGAUUCGAUGCCGAGGAGUCUCCCCUCGACCCGUCCUCGUCCAAAGGCAGCCAGGGGAACCCACCGCUGGGUUCCAAACCUCGAAGCCAGUCCACCCACGGCCGCCGUCCUCUCAUGAGGCAAGAACGAAUCGUAGGCGUCCCCUUAGAGUUGGACGCGCAGACGCUCCCCUUUCACAGCAACCAACGCUCCACGCAUGACAACGAAGCCCAGGCUUCUGCACAAGCUUCCCAGAAUCCUUGGCAGAAUUGGACCCGAACCCCAAGCCCUUUGGAAGACAGGACGGCCUUUCCCUCCAAAUUGGACCUUACGCCGACCUCCAGCCCCAACCCGGACCGCAAGGCGGCAGACCAAAGGCGGGAGCAAUCAUCCGGGCCUCUUCCCGGUAGUUGGUCGUACCAUAACAAUCAGGCGGAGCAAAACAGAAAGGACCAGCUCACUGUCACCGGCGGCAACAAGGUAACCGUGGUCAUGAGUAAAAGCUCUGAGCGGCUGUCUCCCAUGAUGAAAGAAACAAGGUCCAGGUUUAAGAAAUCCCAGAGCAUCGACGAGAUUGACAUUGGCGCCUAUAAAGUAUACAGUAUUCCCGUGGACAGCUACAGCGCCUCCAUUGAGCAGCAGAGCAGUUUGGACCGACAAGAGCUGCCUGCUUCCAUGGAGCAGACCAACAUGGCUCGCUCCCAGUCCGCACCGAUGUUAGACGAGGAACUUGGAUUCCCGGCGCAUGGCAACCAGAACCAGCAGGGACACAACCAAACCCCUGCAGUCCCACAUAAAGCCUACCACUUUGACCAAAACUACAAUCCCCAGGUGACCGUGGACAGACGGGCUCCUCCCCCUUUCCCCAAUACACCCGAUUAUGUCAACCACUCAUCAAAAGCAUCGGAGUACGGCAAUCAGCCUGGAAAGACAUUACCCAAGGAGUUGGUGAGCCCCCGGUAUCGUGCUUACCCACCGCUGGAGAUGUUCUCCUUCCCCCAAGCGCCGAUCAGUCAGGAUGGUUCUACCAAUCAGCAUCAGCAGCAGCAGCAGCAGCAGCAGCAUCAGCAGCAGCAGCAGCAGCAGCAUCAUCAUCAGCAACAGCAGCAUCAGCAUCAUCAUCAGCAACAGCAGCAGCAGCAGCCAAUCCCAUCGCAGCGUUCUAGGCCAGGGUUUUUGAGGAGAGCAGACUCACUGGUGAGCUCUACCGAACUGGCUCUGUUCCGUAGAGUCCACGAAGCCCAGCAGGAGGCCCUGCAGGAAGCUCAGUACAGACAGCAACAUCAGGGGGAGCCUCCCCUCUAUAGUCGGGCCCUGGCUUAUUCCAGCCCCAUGGAGCAUUCCGACAACCAAAUGAUGCACAACAAGAGAAAUGGACGCUACGAUGACGAUUAUCCCAACUACCAGGAACAGAAGAAACCCAUGAUUGGUUACCCGACCAAGAGCUUGACUCAACGCCGCCCCCUGUCCGCUAGAAGCUACAGCACUGAGACCUAUGGAGCAUCUCAGGCACGUCCGGUCUCGGCUCGUCCCACCAUGGCGGCUCUCCUGGAGAAGAUGCCUCCCGACUAUACUCUGGCAACCUGCCCGGAGAAGCCAUCCGAUGAGACGGUCAAGGUACGACCCGUGGUGCCGCAGAAGCCCGAAGACAUCACCUCCAAGAUGCCCGCCGACUGGAGGCAACAGCUGCUGAGACACAUCGAGGCCAAACGCCUGGACAGGAGUGGUGUCCUAAAGCACAAUACGCUCACGCUGGGCAUGCUCUGUCAGGGCGGGGGUCACGGCCAGGGGCGCAGCAGCACUUUGAACUUUAACCUUUACAAUAACACUAAGCAUGAGCCCCCUGCUGGCCGCUGGCUGCCACUACCUCCUCCUCCUUCUGCUGCUGCUGUUAGCCCCUCCCAACAGGCUGCCAUGCUGGACAAUGACCAAGAGGGCGUGUCGGGAAGCAAUCAAUGGGCUCCGUACUCACUCGGCAGGAGAGACGUUCCGCCCGACAACCUGGUGAGAAAGGGAGCCCACUCUCACAACACCAUGGUGGCCACUUCCUCAUCCUCUUCCACCACGCCUCAUCGGAUGGUUGGCCAACAGGGCUACGAUGGCGGGAUGCUGAACAAGGCGCUCCAGUAUCAGCCAGGGAUGCCUUUGUCGCUCGUUCCCUCUGGGGGGCAGUAUCAAGGAAAUGUGCCUCAGGCGCUUAACACUCCUGGCCAGGCGUACUCAAGCGCGGGGCUUCCCAUGGCCGCAAACCAAGUCCAGUACAAACUGCAUACGUCCCACGCGUCACAUCAAACUCCGCAUCCUCCCAACAACCCACAGUACCAUAGCAACCAGGGAAUGGUCCAUAGCAACCAGGUUGCGGUGACCACUCACAGCAACAUGCGGCCUCAGAGCGCUCGCUGUCUUCUCCAAACCAAAGGCCAGAAGAGCACCGAUGGCUUCCAAGAACAGUUGUGCGUGCGAAUAGAGAAGAACCCCGGUCUUGGUUUUAGUAUCUCUGGCGGCAUCAGCGGUCAGGGGAAUCCCUUCAAACCCUCCGACAUGGGUAUCUUUGUUACUAGGGUACAGCAUGAUGGGCCUGCUGCAACUUCCUUGCAGCCUGGAGACAAGAUCUUACAGGCUAAUGGACAUAAUUUUUUACACAUGGAACAUGAGACAGCCGUCUCUCUGCUGAAGAGUUUCCAAAGGACGGUGGACUUGGUGGUUCAGAGACAGCAGCACCCCCUCCCCUAGAAAUAUGAAAACAAAUGAGCAAACGCACCGCUCACCACCCCAGCUGCCCUCUUCUGGAGGCUGCUGGAACUGAAUUGGAGCCUGGUUUCUCUUUGUGUGUGUGUGUGUCUGUGUGUGUGUGUGCGUGUGUGCGUGCGUGCGUUGAUGCCUAUUGCUGGACUAUAGGCAAAGAAAUCCAUGUGCCAAAUGGCAUAUCGGCUAUACGUCCAGAGACCAUGCAGGUGCGCGUGCUGGUCUUGGACCCCCCCCUCCCCCCAGAAGACAGUCAUUUUGGUUGAUUCAUUUGGCAGCCAAUUGGUCACUCUCCUUUGUUUUGUUGCUAUCUCGAGAUCGAUGAGCUAUUAUUUGAGCCUUUUUUGUUGUUGACUUUGAGGUUUUAACCAUGUCGAACAUUUGCGCCCUUUUACGUCCUGCUAAACUCAUUUCUUUUUUUUCCUGCUGUUGUUCUUUCCAGAGUUCUGCCUCUAGUGUACAGAAAUAUUCAUGUUUCAAACGAACAAAGGUCUGCCUUGUGUACAUACAAUGUGCUCCAGCUUUCUGGAGCAUUUCCUCUGAGCCUGAAAUCAUUUUCUUCAGACGCUUUUUGAAACCACCAAUUUCACUUGAUGUCUUGGAGUAUACAGUGAUCAUUUUCUUGAUGGACUUGGUGUUUUCCCAUUCCAGCUCAUGCACCUUUGCAACUUCUUUUCUCUCUUUUAAACAAACAAACAAACAAUUGCCUGCUGUGCUAAAGCAAUACGACUAUUUUUGAAUCGGACCGGUCCCGCAGUGCCAUCUAAUGAGCAACUCAAGCUAAUGUUGACUCAGAAAAGAAUGCAUAACAAAGUAUAUGCAAUUUGGCAUCCGUACGAUGUCUUCAUUUCGGAGUUCAAAUGCACUUCAACAAAAAAAAGAAGCUCGAAUCUUAAAGAGCUGCAAAUGAUAUGUCAUGUUUGUGUCACAUUUGGAACCUUGCUACUGUUUUUGCACCAUCCCAUCCGUUUUUCCAAGUUACGGAUCGAUAGAGACGAUCGAGCCGUACAGCAUGCGCUCGAAUGGCUGGAGUCCACUGGAUUCGUUUGCGUUGUGGCAUCUCAGCUCUGUAGUGUAGUGCAGUGCAGAGACUCAUGUUGGACAUUUGCUUCACUCGGACUCCUUUCCUCCUCCCAUCUCCUAUUUACACAGGCCCAAAAUACCAGAAUUGACAUUUUUGCGGCCCACAUCUGGUCUAGCCGCAGCGCCAGAGGCAGCAGCGUGGCUUCCGUGGGUGGCUGGGGCAACUGUCUGCAUGCAUGCAUGCAAACAACAACAGCAACAGUAUUCUGCCUCUUCUCAUAUGACGAGAGCAGGGUGCCUGGGUGCGGUAGGCCUUUCACUGUCAUCUAUUCAAAUCACUCUUAUGAUAUUGCUUGUCCGCCACAAAUUCCUCCAAGCAGAUGUACGUAAGCAAAGGCGUUUGCGACUCCAAACAAAGCAUCUGUGGCUGCAACUUGGCUGGAUGGCCCCGUUGCCCAGGCAAAGACUCCCAUGACACUGUGAUCAUCGCUGAGGGCCAGUGAAGUGGUGUAGUGAAAGGCCAGCUUGAAAGGCAUGCUCCACACCGCUCUUUCCCCAAAUUCUUGAUUCAAGACACACCCGUACGGACGGACGGACGGACGGACGGGGGAAGGAAGGAAGGAAGGGAGGGAGGGAGGACAAAGAGGGAGAAAUGCUGCAACAACAACGCUGAUCUUUCACGUUUGCUGGGUUUCACCUUUCAUCAUCCAUGUUCCUCAUCACAUUUCUUUGAGUUUGUCACCAUUCUGUUUCAAAAUAAUCCAAUCUAGUUUGUGGCACCAAACACAGGCCCAGUUGAGUUUUUUUGGCUUGAGCUGCCAACAUCACCUAAUUCUAAAAUGUGGAAAAAUACAAACGGUAUGAUGCAAAGAGAGAAAAUGUUUGAUAAUGAAAUUAUUUUUACUACAUGUUUCAGGUAAUCAUUUCUAAAUAUAUUGCAUUGCUCAAAAGUUGUGAUAUUUUCUAAAGACAAUGUUAGAGAUGAAGGUACGCACAGUGUGACUUGGAAACAAACAUAAACUAUCCAAAAGUGUACAAAAUGUAUUUCUACUAUAAUUGUAAUUUGUGUUAUACAAAUAUAGAUUAUAUAUAUAUGUAUAUGGUUAUAAAAAGUCUUUUUUAUGUGAUAUGCAUACAUAAGAGCUGAGACGGUUUCACUGUAUAUACAAUAGCUGUGAAAGGUAUCCCAUUUUUAAAGACUCCUAUUAAUUGUGAAUGUAAUCAUGCUUUCUGCAGUAUACACUUAAGCUACUCCACUUGAAUGCUGCUGCUGCUGCUGCUGCUGCUGCUGCUGCUGAUGAUGAUGAUGAUGAUGCUUCUGUAGUGUGACAAAAAGUACUUUGACCUCCCACGAGAGAAAGAUGCUCUAGAAGUUGGAGAGUUUUUCACAGUUUACAGUUUUAUUUAUUGAUUUCAUUAUUUAUUUAUUUAUUGUUUCUGUUUGUUUGCAAAUGCAAGUUGAAAUCCUUCCACUUUUAAUUGAACAUAUUUAUGAAGAGAACUGUAACUGCCGAAUAAUAUCAAAUAUCAUGUGUUUAGAAUGCAUUUUACAGAUGCUAUCUGUAAAUACUAUUUAAGAUACGGUUUUUACAAAAAAUAAUGUAUGUAUAAAAUUGAAAACUUGCUGUGCAGCAACUAUUCCGAAGCUAUUUUGGGCUUUGGAACAUACAUUUUUUUCAAUAUAUAAGAAUUGUUUUGAAUAAUGUA